AUGGCAGAAGGGCCUGAGAGCGAGUGCUCCAUGGAAAGUGGCACAGCAUCGGAUGCGCCGCCUUGGACCCAGUCUUCAGAAGACAUGGUCUCGGAUGUCCCGCUUGCACAAUGUGCUCGCUGCGUGCAGCUUGCGUGGUCGACGAUUGUGCGAGUUUGUGGACGUUCUGAUUUGCAGGAAUCCAUGCUUUCCCGGGUGAUCUACACAUCCUCCAGUUGUACCGGCGCUUACACUGGUGAGAUGGCUUUGGCGGUUAUAGAGAAGACAAUCAAUGAGAGCGGCCAGUUGCGACUGCCAGUGGUGUUUUCUCCAGUGCGCGUUCACGACAGGUACUCAGUCAUUGCUGCAUGGGAGACUUCGAAAAACUGCCAUCAGCUGAUCACAGAUCACGCUCGCUGGUGCGAGGAAGUUGCUGGCCAGCUUCGUGCCAUCGACAGGUCCGACUUUUGUGCUGGCCAGUACUGCUAUCAGCAUGGGAAGGUGUGCUCCAUUCUGGGUGACCCUGCAAAGAAGCCGGACUACGAUAUUAGUGGCUUGCCUUGCCCCGAUUUCAGUCGGGCUGGGCAGAAGCGAGGCCGAGAAGGCCAAACAAGUUCAGUUUUUGCAUGCCAUGCGAAGCUGCACGUGCACUUGGGCACGCCAAUGCUUGUUAUCGAGAAUGUGCAGGAACUGGACAUGCAGAUGAUCAUGUUGCUUUAUGGUCGCUACUACGACAUCCAGCAGCUUUGGGUAAGCCCGAGUGACCAAGGCCACUCCGCUGUUGCACGAGACAGGACCUAUCUCAUCCUGGCCAGACGCGGCCUUGUGGAACAGGUGCACGACCCAAGGCUUGUUUAUCAGCAGGUCUCGGACAGUAUCCGAGCCCGAGUGUCCACCCGUCCGAGGGAUUACUUUGUGGCUACACGAAGGCAGGUGCUUCAAGAAGGGCAGCGUGCGGCUAUGGUCCGGAAAACGGUCUUCCGCAAGGCGCAGCGCCUGGACUAUUUGCUCAAUGAACGAGAGAGAUCUGCUUUGAGAAUGGUGCAGCAUCGAUACCGCGAAGUUUUCAGGACAAAAGCUGCCCUUGAUCCUGAUCUUGUGGUGCAUUUGGGUGACAACCCCCAGAACCGCUUGACAUGGAGUGCACACAGUGGGAGAAUCCCUACCUUGAGAAAAGGGUCUGGCAAGAUGUACAACCCGUUCUUGAAAAGGUGGAUGGUUCCAGUCGAGAAGCUCAGUGCAUUGGGGUUUCCGGUGACGAAGGACACCGCCAUUGCGAUGGGGGUGCCAAUGCUGCCCGUGGCAGACUACCUCCGUGCCGCAGCAGUGGCAGGGAACUCGUUUCACUUCUCUAGCGCAGCCGUGGUUCAGCUCGAGCCUGAUGCUGACAGGGUGGCCCCGGCCCACCGCAUCCUACCACGUGCCGGUGCCCCUCCACCAGAUGAAUCCAGCAGCUCAGAUGACGAUGAUCAGACGAUGUUUCCGAAUGUGCAGCCGGGCCGCACCCGCCCAGAGAACCAGCUGAGGAACCCGCCCAAGGCCGCAACCAAAGCCACAACGACCAAGCCGGCCCUGAGCCGCAGUCAACAGGGACGCCGCGCCGUGAAGGCGACUGCUUACAAGAGUCAAAGCAAGCUGGCCGAUUUUGUGGUGCUCGUCUCAGACUCGCACAUUUUGGACUGGAUGUCAGAGAUCGACCCCACGUAUCUACACAAGGAUACUCUCAAGGACCAGAGUCGAGUUCGCCUGUUCUCCUGUUUGGCUUUCAAUGUGGGAUGGCUGCCGGAAGACCCUAAACCAGGAAACGAUUUCACCAGUGUUGUGGCUGCUGCCAAAGCGCAAUACUCGAAAAGAGGCAGCCCGGCCACUUUCACUGGAUGGUCCAUCAAGGAGCAGCACAUGUUCAUGAGAUGGCAGCUGGACUUGUUCAAGAACGGCUGGCUUCGUCGCGCAGACGUCGGUGGCUUCGCUUGGAAGUUGCCAGAGAAGGGAAAGCACGGCAAGCCUGCCGAACUUCCUGCCGAGGUGGUGGAUUUUUGUCGUGACCCCAAUUCCGUGUCACGCGAGGGUCGACUGGUUGGGAGUCAUGGGAGCUCCAGCCACAACGAGGACCCCUAUGGCGGUUUCAAGCUUGAGGACCGAGACGGGUCGUUUACCUUGUCCCACAAGCCGACCAAUCGGGCUGUGCAGUUGCCGAAGCUUCGGAGAAACGAGGAGGAGUACGAGAUCUACACGCAUGAUGGCUUCGUGUGCUUGGCUGGUGGCAGCUUCGAACCAUCGUAUUGCGAGGAUCUGAUCAUGGAGUUCGAUGAUGAUGGCCAGGGUGAGGCCAACCGGGGCCGGCAUCGAGCAUUAGUCCCACAUGCUGAGGGCCCGGGUGAGUUGUCGCGACAACGUGCAUCUAACAAGCCCAUGCAGUUCAAGAACCUCCGCGCCAGUGGCCACUCGCCUGCGUUGUGA